AUGGCCCAGCCCUCGUCCUCCCACCACCGCGACCGCGACAUUGACCGCAGCGAGCGACGCUCCAGCUCGCGUCGUCACCACCAUCACCGCACCAUCUCAUCUACAACCCUUUUGCUUGUGCUCUCGCUGGUGCUAGCCGUACUGGCCGUCAUGCUCUCCCUCCCGGCCAACUCCAAUCUUUUGAACAGGGCCACCGGAGACGCCGCUGCAGCCGUUGUGGACCCUGCUAACCCCCAAGCGUCAUCGUGGGGUAUCCUAACUCCGAAACGGGCGCAAGCACUUGUUGCGCGGGAAAGCGCCGUUGCGCAGCGCGAAGCCGAUGUGGCCCGGCGCGAGGCCGAGCUUCUGGUCGGCGCUCCUGGGGGUGUCGUGCAGGCCACCGCUACCCCGUCGCCCUGCCCUGUCUGCCCUACGAUUGUCGACAUGCCCAUUCAGACCGUCAUCAAGGAGGUCGUCAGGGAUCCUCCCACUCAGGACGUUGCACCUGCGGGCUGGUACAAGGAGGCCGCUCUUCGCAUGGAUGACAUUCUCGACCGCGAGCUCAAGAUUGCUGACCGCGAACGCGAGAUCGGAAAGCGCGAAGAAGUCGUCAACCGUCGUGAACACGAUGCUUCCCGCCGCGAAGCCUGGAUCAUGGAGCAGCUCAUGGUGCUCAACAACGAAGUCCCGCCGCCAGGCAACGUGGUCGAGGAAGAGUACAUCUACGAGACUCCGGGGAAGCGUUAUCCCAAGGAUCUUCCUCCACCACCGCUUAUUCUGACCGAAACGCAAGUGAUUGCGGAGACGAUGACUGUUACCCAGACGCACCAUCAUACGCACACGCAGACUGCGCAGAAGAUGGUCACCGUGCCGCCCCCCGCCAACACGCGCCUCGCCGCCUACCCGGCGCCCGAGGCGGGCCACACGUCUCCAGCAACGUCGCACAUUCCCAAGACGACGAGCGUUGAGAUUGUGCACGAAGAAGAGAUCAUCGUCGAGCCCCCAACACCGCCGGAGCCGACCACCGUCGUUACCCACGGACGCGCGCCCAUUCCGCCUCCCCGGCAGCCCAAGCGCUGGGGCUGGUGACUCGUUGCGGAUCUGGUGCUCGCCGCCGCGCUUCUCGCAGGCUUCUACCCGUUCAUGUUCUAGAAAAAGACACGACUCCCUUGAACGACGUGACGAUACCUAACACCCCCUCUUCAAGAGACCGUUCCCUUGAAGCGCUGCGAGCUCCAGAUCCACCUCCGGACCAUCCCCUUCGUGUUUCGUGCCGCUUGGACGCUGCUGCUUGUGCCGUGCUUGCCUCUCAUCCCUCUCCGUGUAGCCCUCCUCCCUCAUCUCGCUCCCGCUUCGGUCUUCAGUAAAUAGUUGCACUCAUUUCUUUCUUUCUCUUGGCCCGAUUUGCUCUGCUCUACCCCCGGCGAUACCUUAUCGUGUCGUUGCGUCCACGCUGAUCAGCGGCGUGGAGACGACGACACCCCCUAUCAUAUUCUCUAUGGAAAUGACUCUGCGUCCUCAUGUACGUACGCUCCCUGGACGAUGACCGUUACGACAUUUCCUAGUUAUAGGUAGUUGUAGCACUAAAGUAGGACUAGACGUCAAUACAAUUCAACUCGGAAUCUGC